AUAAGGAUUUUGGUGCAUGAUUGUCCUCUUAUCAGAGAGAAGUUCACACAUAACUUGCAAUCCAUGAAUUCAUCCCGCAAGUUCUUCAUGGUUGUUGCCGUCCUUGCCUUGCUCGUCGUGGCUACAGUGGUGGCGCCGGCGCAGGCGGUAGACUGCAGGACAGCGAGCACCCGGUUCAACGGCAUAUGCAUCCUGGACAGCAGUUGCGCCAACAUGUGCAUCACCGAGGGGUUCCUGGCUGGCGGGGAGUGUGAAGGUCUCCACCGACGCUGCAUGUGCAAAACACCAUGCUAGGCGAAGCAUAUGCAUAGUCUGGACUGCUUCAUCAGGAAGUUUUUCCGAUUUAGAUAAAAACAAGGAAAAAGAUUUUUUUCUAAAAGAAAAGAAAAUGGAGUUGUAACACAUACUGUGUUCUUUUAGUUUUUUUUUUCACAUGUUCCUUUGGGAGAUUGUGGUUGUGCAUUUGAUGCAUUUUUGUUGAUCGUACAAUCCAGUUUGAUGUGUUUUUGUUGUAAACUUGAAGUUGGCCAUUUAGUCAUUGUGUAAGAUUAUUUUCCAAGAUUCAUUCAUUUGUGAUC